AUCGACUUGACACCGGCUCAGCUUGAAAUCUAUUGACAGCCAUCCAGGAGAUCUUCGCAAGGAAGCGCAUGAGUCACAUCGUCACAGCAGUCAAGAGAUUCUUCGUCGCACCUUCUGCGACUCCCGAAGAGAUGGCAGCCAUCGCAAAGCGAGUCGACUCGAUGAUCGAGUCUGCUCCGAUCGCCGUCUUCAGCAAGUCCUACUGCCCUUACUGCGUCAAGGCCAAGAAGAUCCUCUCGGACAAAGGCCAGUCGGCGAACAUGAAGGUGCUCGAGCUCGACCACGAUCCUGCGGGCGAUGCCAUUCAGACCUACCUUGCAAAGAAGCAGGGCGUCGGCAGGGUGACGGUACCCCAGAUCUACAUCUCAACGCAUCUCGUCGGCGGCUGCUCUGAUCUGACCGCACUCAGUACUGCACAGCUAGACAAGAUGCUCGCAGGUCUGCCGAAGCUAUAAGAAGGCAGGCUCCAGACUGUAUAGUAUCGCAACAUAUGUGCAUUGACUUUGACAAA